UUGCGCUUGUCACAUGAGGCCAAGCCUUGCACGCACAACGGGUUUCAAGGCGCUUAUUUUUUGGGCCUUAACGAAACCUAGGAAGCCAAAAAACUAGUUGUACAAUGUCAAUGUCAAGCCUUAUCGCUUUCAACAGACUCGGAAGGGCUGCACCACCGCUGGUGAUUGGCGCCCUAUCUUAUUUUGCUGUACCUGAGAUGGUUACCCUCACUCCUCUCGUCUUGUUCAUAGCGGCGCUGCUAGUUGCCACGUCCGAUAUAUCUUCCACGCAUACCCGAUGGCGUUCAAUUACUCUUGCAUUCUUAGCUUCCGUCGCCGGAUCAUCCUUAGCAUAUGGCGGCUCAUCUGUAAAGGCGCUCUCGUCGGCCGGUCAGUCCAUUGUAGCUCAAAUUUUGUUCUCAUGCAUCACAACGGCUACAUCUCUCGUUCCCAUUCUCAUCAACAACACGUUCUUCCAUAAACAUGGACAAAUGUUCAGCAGCUCAUCAACAGCUAUACUCAUAUUCCCUGCAUUGCAGGUGACCGGUAACGUUAUCGUUGCCCAUUCCAGUCCUCUCGGACGUUUGGGCGUAUGGUCGCCCAUUCAGGGAAUUCAAGGAUACCGAUGGAUGCUACCUUACUUUGGUGCAGCGAGUCAAGACUGGAUCACUGGUCUUUGGGCCAUCUUACUCGCUAGCCACUGGGAAUUAGUUUCGCCGAUCAGCCAAGAACAGGAUAGUCCGAAGCAUAAACUGGUUGAUGUCGAGGAUCAUCCCGAAGCGGUUUCCCCCAACUAUUUAAUCGAAUAUGAUGGUAACCAGAUCGCUCCCACCCACAGGACUGCUGCACAAACUACGGAGACACGAUCAUCAUCAUCAUCCUCAUGGACGGCUGCAGUUGACAAUAAAGUUCCGAAAAAGCUCCUUUCGUUCACUCUAUUGGCACUGGUUCUCACUUUACCUUCGUUUUUCCUCCCUCCUGGGGCAACGGGAUCAUCCCUUCCUUUACCCUCAGAUUCAUUCUCAGCCUCACCUCUUGUCGCAAACAUCGCACUGGGUUGCAUACUCCCUACCGAGCCAAAUCUAAACUCCCCCAAGGCUCCUUCCGGUGCUUUUGAUUCCUAUCUAGCUGAAACAAAACGUUUUGGUUCAAGGGGGUCCAUUUUCUUGUGGCCCGAAGGAGCCGUGACGUUUGAGAAUGAGAAUGAAAGGAAGAAGGAUUUCAACAAGUCCAAGAGGUUCAAGGAUGCAGAUCCUGAUACUGGAGGUGGUGAUCCUACACGCGGAAAGUACAGGAGCGGACUGGCCGUCAUUGGGCCUAGUGGUGUUGAACUUGAAUAUUACAAGAAUCGCCUUGUGCCAUUCUCAGAGUCAUACUCAUAUACAUCUCAUGGUCGUGCCCAUUAUCCCCUUCAAAUCACUUCUUCAAUAUGCCUAGAUCUCGCACACCCAGGAACUUUACUCUCACUUCCAUCUCAACCUGAACUCAUUCUCGCACCAGCAAGCGUAUGGACCACUCAAAUGAGUCAAGCAAUGUUCGAAGAGGCUCAUAUGAGAGCGAACGAAGUGGGUUCGUUGCUGUUAUGGUGUGAUGGCUCUCCGAAGGGAGUGAGUGGUGUUGUUGGACAAGGUCAAAGUGGAAGUGAGCAAGUGGGACGUGGAUCUUUCAUCAAGAACGUUUCCAUUCGUCUUCGUGGGGAUGGAAAGGAGGCGGUCGUCAUCGAGAAAACUCUUUAUGCCCGAGGUGGAGAUGUAGCAAUCCUCAUCCUAGUGUGGGGCCUGUGUGGUCUGGGACCAUUGGGGACUAGUUUGAUCGGUAUGGCCCGGGCCCUUGGUGCUAGAGCGUCUACCUUAUCGGCUCUUGGCUACCUGAGAAAUGGUGCUCAACUUUUUGGUGAGUCCAUUCGCCACAAUUAUCGGGUGCUUUUGGAUCGUGUGAGUCCUUCGAGCGGCGUGAGGGUCGAAGUUCCCAAUCUAAUGGACUAGGAUAACGGGGGGAUUGUGAUAUGUACAUGCAACGUCUUGCCGACGGGAGUCCUAUACCAAUACGCGUUUGAGUAUAAGUUCUUUCGAGUUCUCGGUUCCAUUUAUGAGUUUGGAAUCUCUUGCUUUCUCCAACUCUAACUCGGCGAUAUUGAUCGGAACUUGUGACGACGAGUGUACGUACAAUAUUCAUGUAACAACACUGCCGGCGGUUACGGUAUUUAACGUCUUUCAUCUCCCACCGAAUCGGCUUUUGUAUUUCUUUUUUUAAAAUCUCCAUUAGAAUCGGCAGCUGCAUGUUGGUUGAAG